AUGAUAAAUGCGACUGUCGGUAUGAGUAGCUCCGCCGUGGCGCUUCCGCGGCACUUGUUCCUCGAUAGAUUCGCGGCGUCCAUCGAUCGCUGGCCGUUGGAAGGGCUGGGAGGAUUCUGCCGGGGUCAUACAGUGGUCCAACUUCGCAGUAGCGACUUUCCAGGAACAGACGGUAACAUUUUGCUUCCUUCAACGAUUGACUGGCCGACCUGCGAUAUCAGACUACCUACCACCGUCCUCCGCCAGAAGAAGCAGCUCCGAAGCAUUUCGCACAAGCAAGACUCGGAUCGAGCAUCGGAUCCGCAAAGCUCGUUGGCCAUGACAGCCACAGCAGCCGCCAUUCCCCGCGAGGUGCGCGACGAGACGACGAACACAGAAGAUACUUCUGCAGGUAAGCAACUUUUCAAAAAAGCAACAACGGGCAUGAUGAAAGGAGGUCGAGAGGUGGCUCUCGGAACGUCGCGCCUAGGUAGCCUCAGGAAGCGCAGCGUACAGACCCAGGGGCCUUCGAGACCGAGUAGUCGCUUGAGUAUGUUUGUGGAGAGGCUCAAUGUUGGAACUGGUAGUCAAGGACGCGAGCCUCAGCGUUGCUCUAUGGAUUUUUGGGAGACAUGA